AGACGAACUUUCUAAAGAAGCGUACUGGACUGAAAUGGUCAAAAUUACUAUGGAUAUGAUGAAAAAGCUGCGCAGUCAGGUUAAUGCCUAUCUUGAAAUAAAAAGUGGUUCAUCUCAUUUUAAGAUGGCAUAUGAAGAGGUAUUAUUUCCCGUAUGUUUCGCUGGCAAAAAGAAAUACUUUGGGGUUGGGCAUGAAGAUAAAGUAAACUUUAAACCAAAAAACCUUUUCAAGAAAGAGAUAGAUACUGUAAAGCAAGGAAAUUCUGAGCUCUUUAGGUUUAUCAGAGACAAAAUCAUGUAG